AUGGCGACUUCCAAAGAUCCUGCUAAGGAUCUAAAUAUAUCGGAGGCGCCGGCGGCAGAUCUCGAAUCCGAACAUACUAAUCAAGAUCCGGGAGAAUGGCUGUACAAAUCCGACAGAGCAGAGCUCACAGAGCUCACACCAGUAGAAGCGUUCAAAUGGAGUGUGGAGGGAGACCAGUCACCUUUUCCGGAGGUUGCGGCUUGUGUGUCCAACAAAGAUGAUCCCACCAUCGCCUGUAAUACUGUUCGGGCCUGGAUAUUGAUGACGAUCUUUGUUAUACUUUUCUCCGGAGUCAAUCAAUUCUUCGGCCUACGAUAUCCCUCCCUCGUAAUAGGCUAUGUUGUCGCUCAAAUCCUCGUCUUCCCAAUUGGCCGAGCAUGGGAAAAACUUCCAAGAUGGAGGGUUCCUUUAGGAAAACUUUCAUUCGACAUCAAUCCAGGAAAAUUUACCAUCAAGGAGCAUGCCUUCAUUGUUAUUUGUGUCAAUAUCAGCGCUACCACGGCUUAUGCACAAGGUGCCUUGGUAGCCAUCGUCAGUCCUGUGUACUGGAACCGCGACCUCGGAGCCGGCUUCUCAUUCCUAUACCUUUUAACAACCCAGAUGAUUGGAUUUGGUCUGACAGGUCUUGCCCGCCGUUGGAUUGUGUACCCUGCUGCCUUGGUCUGGCCUACUUCGCUGUCAUCCACUGUUCUUUUCCGGGCACUACAUGAGCCUGAGAGCCGUACGCCAGCCAAUGGUUGGACUAUUAGCCGGUAUCGCUUCUUUGCCUACAUUACGGCAUUCGCAUUUGUUCUGUUCUGGUUCCCGGACUACAUCUGGACAAGUUUGAGCGCUUUCUCUUUUGUGACAUGGAUUGCGCCUCACAACCAGAAGGUCAACACGAUAUUCGGAAUGAAUUCCGGAUUAGGUCUGAUACCUAUCAGUAUCGACUGGACACAAAUCAACUACGCCGGUUUCCCCCUCAUGACCCCCUUCUACAUCACAUGCAAUGCCUUCGCUGUCGUCGUGUUCUUCUACCUUUUCUUAUCGCCGAUUCUGUACUACUCUAAUGUAUGGUAUAGCGCAUACCUUCCUCUCCUCUCGUCGGGCACAUUCGACAACACGGGAAGCACAUACAACGUAUCUCGUGUGCUCGACGCAUCUUUAGACUUCAGCGAGAGCAAGUACAAAGAAUACUCUCCAAUGUACAUCUCAAUGUCUUAUUCUCUGACCUAUGGACUAUCUUUCGCUGCGGUCACCGCAAUCGUGGUACACACCUACCUUUACAAUGGCACUGAAAUUUGGGCCAGGUUUAAGAAUUCACAACAUGGAGGUGAAGAUAUUCACCGUCGACUGAUGCGCCAAUAUAAAGAGGUCCCAGAAUGGUGGUACGGAGUUCUCACCGUAGUGGUGUUGGGACUUGGUAUCUUGACGACCACAUACUGGGACACAGAGCUGCCGGUUUGGGGAUUUAUCGUGGUUUGCUUCGGAUUGGCAAUGCUUCUAAUUGUCCCUGAGGGUCUUCUGCAAGGAACGACAAACCAGCGCGUGUUCCUCAAUAUCAUUACGGAGAUGAUCGCCGGAUACGCCUGGCCCGGAAAGCCUAUCGCUAAUCUGAUGGUGAAGUGCUACGGCUAUAAUGCAGUCAAACAUGGCAUGGAUUUUGCUCAGGAUUUGAAGCUCGGGCAAUACAUGAAAAUUCCUCCUCGUGUUCUGUUCUUUGGCCAGAUCUAUGCUAGUAUUCUAGCAACAGCAACUCAGACCGGAGUCUUACGAUGGAUGCUUGGACACAUUAAUGGCCUUUGCGAACCAACUAACAAGGAACGCUUCACAUGCAACGGUGCCAAAGUGAUGUACAACGCUUCCUUAAUUUGGGGUACUAUUGGUCCACAGCGGAUGUUCCAGUCUGGACAGGUGUAUAACGGCCUUGUUUACUUCUUCCUCAUCGGACCCGUUGUUACUGGACUUGUGUACCUCAUUUACCGCCGCUACCCCAACAGCUGGGUUCGCUAUAUCAACGUUCCGAUUUUCUUCAAUGCGGCAGGCAAUAUUCCUCCCGCAAACACCACGCAAUACUCCCUCUGGUUCAUCGUCGGUUUUAUCUUUAAUUACCUGAUCCGCAAGCGUGCAUUUGACUGGUGGAAGCGUUACAACUACUUGCUCCAAGCAGCCAUGGAUACCGGCACUGCUAUUGCAACGAUCAUCAUUUUCUUCGCGCUAGGUUACCACGCCAUCACUUUCAACUGGUGGGGAAACACAGUGGGGUCCAAUACUUACGAUACGAAAUCCGUCCCUUGGUUGACCGUUCCCAAAGGGAGCUUUUUCGGAAAGGGGCCUGGCGAGUUUUGA